AUGCUAGAGGAAGAAAUCGAAACAAAAGACGAAAACGGAAGUUCGACAUUUGAAACAGAAGAAACCGAAAUUGAAGUAGGAGAAUUUUUACAAUUCUUUUGGCAAAAAAAAGAAAGUGGACAAUUAGCUAGUUAUGAUGGAGAUUUUGAAUCGCCCCGCAUACCUAAAGAAGCUGAAGUAUUGGAUGAUAAUUUACCUAACUUAGCUGAAAUGGCUAAUGUGUUAGCUAAAUCUUCUAAUGCUUUAAUUACUUCUUUAGAAAUUUUAAACCAAAGAAUGCAAGAACUAAAACAGCAAGUUCAAAUAUCAAUGUCUGGUCAAAACAGUGGUGUUCAAGCUGAAAUUAUACAAUUACGCAAAAAUACCACAACAAUUGUUGCUACCGUAGCAGUAGGCAUUGCUACUGGCGGCACUUCCUUAGUAGUUCAAGCAGCUGCUAUUGGUGGUGUCUAUUUAGUAGGGUCAGCAAUAGAUGAUGAUAGAAAAAAAAGAGAAAAUGAAAAUAAGCAACUAAAUCUCAAAGGUGAAAUAACCAAACAAAUUAGAGAUGAAAUUAAUAAUCUCCAAGAUGAAAGAAAUCAAAAAGCUAGUCAACUAAAUACACUAGAACAGCAUUUAGCUCAAAAGCAAAAUAAACUAAAUGACCCUAACACUCCGGAGCAUGAAAAAGCUCAAAUUAGAAGUGAAAUAACCAGUUUUGUCUCACAAAUAGACAAGCUAAAAAAAGAAAUAAAUGGUUAUGACGAUAAGAUAAAUGGUCUAAUCAAGCAAUCAGGGAAAACAAUAACCGGCGGAACAGGCUUAGCUAAUAUUGAACUUGAUUAUAAUACCAAGCAACAGCGAGAUUUAGAAGGCAAAAAUGGCUUUCCUGACCCAGCUGAAGUAAGAAAGGAAGAAGCAGAAAAAAGAAAAAAAGCCAAAGAGUUAAAAGAUAGUUGUAACAAUGAUUUGGGAACUGUCUAUUGUCGUUAUUGUUCCGCUAAAACAGAACUUUUUGAUGUUUGUGAUAAACAAGAAUGCUUAGCCAAAAUGAAUAAGGCUAUAGAGAAUAAGAAAGAAACUAAUCCGAACCAAAAUCAAGCUGAAUUAGAGUCUAAAAAAAAGAAACUAGCAGAAUUAGAGAAUAAACAAAAACAAUUAGACCAACAAUUACCACUAACUACUCAAAUUACUAUUUUAGCAAGAGAAAUUAAAGAUUUAGAGAACAAAUCUAAUCGAACUCAAGUUGAAGAAGCACUUUUAACUAGUAAAAAGAAAGAGUUAGCGGAAUUAUUGAGAAAACAGGAUGGUUCCAGUACUAGCGAUAGCUCUAAAUCUAGUGAUAAAACCGCUCUUGCUGUUGGUUAUGAGCAAGUGAAAGAGUGGUUAGGUGUUAGUCUAAAGGCGAAAGAUGCCAGUUACGCCAAGUGGUUAAGAGACGAAUUGCAAUUUGACUCUAAGCGAACUUCAGAACAUGAUGAUCUAGUUUUACGAAAGCAAUACAGUAAACAUUUAGAAAAUUUUUCUAAAGUCUACGAAAAAGACUCAGUCGAUGAAAGUUCUAUUGAGUUUAUUCCUGCACAGACAGAUUUUACUUUUUCUCUUUCUUCCUCAAGUAACUUUCAACAGUCAAGAACUAAAACUGAAAAAACUCCAUCCAUUCCCUCUUUUAGAUUUAAAGCAGAGGAAGAAGGGAAAUACACUAGUAAGAAAAAAGAGAUUAUUAGUGAGUGUUCAUUAUCUAGCGAAGCAAAAGAACAAAAAAAACUUGCAGUAAAUGCUCAAGAAUAUUUAGAUCAAAACUACCCCGAAGAAAAAAGAGAUGAAAUUAAGGAAUUAUGUAUAAGCUUUUUUGAUUAUAAGAAAAAUGACUCAGAAAAAUUAAAAGGCUUUUUAAGUUUGAGUAGAUUUGCAAAUUUAGAGAAAUUCAACUGUUGUUUUAAUGAAAUCAUUAGCCUAAAUAUUGCUAACUGUCCAAAACUCAGAGAAAUUAAUUGUCGUGACAAUAAGUUAAGAGAGUUAAAAUUACAUAAAUACUUGUCAGACAAUAAUUUCCCUUCUGAUGAUUUGUCUAUUUUCAAGAGGUUUACAAAUUUAAAAAGUUUGGGUAUAAGUAAUACUGAGAAAAAAGUGAGCAAUAACUUCUAUGGUUCUUUAAAAUUUUUAGAAAGUCUAAAUAGUUUAGAGAGUUUGGAUAUUAGUGGCACUAAUGUGUGUACGGGUCUAGAACAUUUACCUAAAAGCACCAAUCUAACAAAGAUUGAUCUAAGUGAUUGCUCAGAACUUAUUGAAAUUUGGUGUUCGGAAAACAUGCUUGAAGAAAUUAUGCUUCCCAAAUACUCUAGUAAUCUAAAAGAAUUAAAGUUAAAUGAUAACAAUUUUCCCAAACAAGUAGGAAAUAGUGAUGAGAAAAGAAUCAAAAAAGGAACUUAUAAUAAAUUUUAUGGUUCAUUAAAGUAUUUGAAACGUUUUGAUAAGUUAGAAUGCCUUGAUAUUAGUAAUACAGAUAUUGACAGUGGUCUAGAACAUUUACCAAUUGGAUUUUCGGCAGAAGUUACUGGUGGAAUUAUGGCUUUUGCGAUAUCUGAUAACCCUUACUUAGAAUUAGAAGAGAAUGUGAACUCUGAGAUUAUUCAGGAAUUUGUUGCAGAGACAGAAGACUUGAAAAGCGAUUAUCAAGAAGCAUUAAAAAUAAUUUUUCAAGAUUUGAACAUGCUAAGCAAAACUCCUACCGCCUGCCAAGAAGUGAACAAGGCUUUUCUUGAACUUUUGAAUGCAACUAGCAAUCUACCUAAGAAUAUAACCGCCUAUAAUGCUAAUUUCUCUACUGCUGAGCAAGGAGCAAGAAAAGAAAUGUUUAAACAUAAUUAUCAACAUAAAAUUUACCAUGAAGACCAAAUAGAAGUCAGUGACAGUGAAUCAGUUACUAGUUCUAAUAAUCAAGCAACAAUAGAAGAACAGCAUGAAACUCAAUUCACCUCUCCUCAAAACGAAUUUUCUACUUCAAAGAACGGCUCACAGAAACUAGAAACACUAAUAGAAAUUCUUCCCAAAAACAAUAACUAA